GUUUUGCUCUAUCCUACCCAAAGAAUGGCCAUCUGGUCUCUAUUUGGACAUACGAUUCGCAAAAAUGUUUAUAUUACGAAUAAAUUAAUGCAGGAACGAAGAAAGUGUGUUCUCGAUUCUAGAGAUUAUUCUAGGGACUAUCGUUUCAUCAAAUGAUUAGAAAUGUAUUAGAAUCUAACAGACAACAUUACAUUUGUAAUUUUAAAGCAGAACAUUGGUCAGGUCUUAUAUAGACGACGGAACAUGCAACCAAUGCGAUGUGUUCCCACCAUAAUUAAAUCGAUAUUUACUCGAUUAUUCGCGAGCUAUCAACCUUCGACGAGUGAAGUUUCUUUCUUUAAGGAAUUAUUUUAAUUGAGACCUGGAAUACAGCAUUUUAAAUAAAUAACACAAUUGAAAUGAGAAAAGAAAAGGAAAUUGUUUCGUUAUUGUUGUUACUUCUUGUCAAUGUUGCACACAGUGACAUGUUUUAUAAUCUUUUAAAUCGAGAGGAUCCGUGCAUUAAUCUUUGUGAAAAAACACCGUUGUCCUUCACAAAUAGUAAAUACGUGAAAUCAUGUUGUCAACGAGGGUGUAGAUUCUUCAAUUUGGUAGAUUUACAUUAUGGAUUGGAACCAAACAGUUUGAAUGGUACCAGAGAUUCCUGUGAAGCUUCAUGUACAGAAGCAUACACAGCACCACAAGAUCGAUAUGCCUGUAGUACUGGUUGUGAUUUCAUGGCUAAGCAACGUCUUUCAGAUAUAUUAUCAUUAUUCUCCUUUGCUGUUUAUGUAGAAGAAGGAGUUAAUUCUAAUAUAGUUCUAAUGUCCCCUGAUAUACCUGAAAAUGAUAUUUUAACUGAUCCAGGAUUACGAAAAGAACUUCUUCCUGGUUGGUGGGAUUCCAAUGGAUUUAAAUUACCUCAAACAUAUAUUAAAACUGUUCCAUUAGAUGCUGGGACAGUGGAUUAUGGUGUACCGUCAGACUACUUUGGGGAAAAUGAGCAAUCAGCUUCAAUACCUGGAUCUGAUUGGCUUCAAUGUGCUUCAAAACACAUUGGACUACCUCAUUGGCUUCUAGCUUCUGCUAUUGCAGCAGCUGCAUUAUCUGCAUUUUGGCUAUGUUUGUAUCCAGAAAAACCUACUGAUCCUUACAAAGAAAUACUUAUCGAAAAGUCUGAUAUUUCACCAACAAUUGCAUUGUACAUACCAGAGGCACCAUUGCAUAAAAAACCUCCUCCUAAGUAUUCUGAGUGUGUUGAUACAACAGAAAGUAACAUGAAAGUUUAGCUACGAAUUUUAGUGUCACAAUUUUUAAGUGAUUUUCAAAAAUUUUAAAUUUAAAUAUAUUAAUGCAAUUUUGAAUAAUGUUUAUAUUAAGUAUAGUAGGGCUUUAUAAACAUUACAAUUAUUAAGAAGUAACUGCACUUUCUGUUAUCAACAAAAUCAUUUAUAGUUUAAAGAUAAAUUUUUAAGAAUACAUAUAAAAAAACGGAAGCUUUAAAAACUUAAUUCAGAUAUUUAAGGACUAAAAUCAAAGUAAAUGGUAACAUAGAUUACAAAAUAUUUUCCAGACAAAAAUGUAUGGUAAUGUGCAGAUGCACACGCGUUAUUGCUUUAUAUGCAACUGGUUUUUUUUUACAACGGGAAAUAACAACUCAUUAUUUUUUUUUUUUUUUCUAUGAAUAUAAUACUAAAAUCAAGUACCGAAAUAAAACUUGCAAAAAGAUAAUAUGUAUGCACAUAUAUAAGACUGUAAAUGAUGUACUUUGUUAGUAAUUUAGUGAGAAUCAAAAAUUUUUAUAUUUAUAAUGAUGUAUUAUUUUUCUAAACAUUAUUUACAAAUAGAAAAAAAAUUACAAUUUUGCGUUUAGUAUUCUUAAAUUGGUUAAACAUUUGAUUACUGAAAAGUUUAUCUUGUUUCAGAUAUAAAAACUGUAACUUCAAUUUUUAAACUUUUGCAUUAUAUGUACUUUUUUUUCUAUGCAGUAUUAUAAUAAACAGUUUAACGGUAAUUGAUAUUUUUUUUCAAUGUAAAAAUUAAUAUAUAAUUAUAUAACCAAUGCAAGAUGUUGUUUAUAAAUAUUAGGAAGAUGUAAAAUAUUUGGAAAUAAUAUAUGUGCAAUUCCUUACAAUUUAAUGUGAUUUGAAAGUAAUAAAUAAGUAAAAUAAUUGUGUAGUUAUUAAAACUAUUGUUAUAAACUACUUGACGAAAGUACAGUCUCUUUUAAAAAUAAGAUUUUACAAACCAAUUUUAUUUAUUAGGUAUGUGACAGUGAAAAUCGAUUUAAUUCGGAAUUUUAUUUAUGAAAUACAUGUGAGUUAAUUUCUAUUAAUGUAUCGUAUAAACAAAACUAGGUGAUACAUUUUUGUUAUUUUGAAAGGAAUUGGUAGAAUUACCUAACGUAAAAUUUGUAUACAUUACGAAAAUCGUAGUAGAACUUUUUAAUCGUAAUUAACUGUUUCCUUUCAUUAUUUAAAAUGAUAUAAACUGUACAUAUUGAAAUAUUGAAUGUGUAAAAAAUUAUAUUUCAAACCAAAGUAUCUCAUGUUCCUUAUAUAGGAUAUUGAUAAAUUCACUGUAUUAUUAAUAUUUGUUACUUCGCUAUACACUGUAAAAAAUAAAAUCAUACAAAGGA